AUGGCCGCAGUUGCACCAGCUCCGGGGCCUGCGCAAGCAGGCCAAGGUCCUGAGGCUACACCUCCGCCCGAAGCUACUGUCCAAGAUACACAAGACGAGAAUCAAUCGAAAACAAAAGACGACCCCGAGCCACCGAAGCCGGCACCCGCUGCACAAUCCGCGAAGCCAGCCAAGGGAGGACAGCAACCAAAAGCCGAUCAGCCCGCGGGCGAGAAGAAACUGUCAGGCGCGGAGCUUAAGAAGAAAGCCAAGGAAGAGAAAGCGGCGCGAAGAGCACAGGCGAAAGCUGCAUCCGGCGUAGCCCCCCAAGGACCACCCGGGCAACAGCAAGGACAAGACAAGGGCGGCAAGGGGGUCAAGCCGAAGCAGGAUGCACCAUCAGGGUCACAGAGCCAACGGCAGGCGGCCAAACCUGUCGCUGCGCCGGCGCCUCCCAAAGAAACCAAGCCUAAGGUGCCAGUAAUCUUUAGCCAUCUUUCAAUGGCCAAGAGGAUAUCACUGCAGCAGACGGACAAGGAUGUUGAUCCAAGGAUCACGCUCCUCGGACAGCAGAUGGCUGCUUUCGUUGUCGAUGACAGCACCACACGGACACAGGCGACUCUGCUGGCGAUGAAAAGGGUCCUUGCCGCCUACUCCACCCCUCAGGGCACCACAUUCUCCCGCCAUUUCACCGCUCAUGUCUUGAAUCCUCAGAUUGAUUAUCUCGCAGCAUGCCGCCCCAUGUGCUUCAGCAUGGGCAAUGCUAUUCGAUGGCUCAAGCUUCAAAUCAGUAAAGUGGAUAUCGACCUGGCUGACUUCGAGGCUAAGAGGGCCCUGUCGGAAGCCAUCGACAACUACAUCCGCGAUAAGAUCGACGUUGCCGGUCCAGUGAUUGCCGAAAAGACUAAUGCCUUGAUCAAAGACAAGGACACCAUCCUCACGUACGGACAUCAUUUCCUUGUGGAGCGCACACUGUGGCUAGCAAAGGAGUCUGGCAAGGACGUCAAUGUCAUUGUCAUUGACGACCCUUUUAACCCUGUAGGCUCGGAGUUCGCCAAGCGACUUCGCGCCUAUGGUUUCGGCAAGAUCAAGUACUCUCCGAACCUAGGUCUUCUGCCUGACUACCUUAAACUCGCCGAUCUUGUCCUUGCGGGCGCGGAGGCUACUUUUAGCAACGGCGCCAUGUAUGCGCGUGCAGGGACAGCCGAUGUGGCCAUGUACGCCAAGAACAUGAAUGUCAAGUUUGUCUCGCUGUGCGAGACCAUUAAUUACACAGAGCGCGUCUCGGUCGACUCGCUGACCUACAACGAGAUCGACCCGGAGAUGUGCACCGAGGACGGCGUGCGUCUGCUCUUCGACACCGUCCUCCCGGAGCAUAUUCACAGGACGAUCAACGAGAUGGGAUUGUCAGAGCCGUCGAGCAUAUCUGGGAUGCUGCGCAAACAGGAGGAGCAGGAAUGA